CAACGUGCGCUGAAAGGACACAUCAUUGUAUUUCCCACUACACCUGAAGCACUUGCACCCUUUUUGCCACCACCAUUGGAAGAUGUGGUGACCCCAAUGUGUGUCGUGUUUGUUGGUUCCCACACCCCUUCUAAAGAGUGGCUUUUGUCCAAUGCUCGACCUUUGUUAGUUCGACAAGAGAAAGUGCGAGCUGCAUUACAAUGGCUCAUUGCCAAUAAUCCACUGUAUAGUGAUGUUGUUUUACAUGAAGGAAAUCUGGCACACAUUCCACACCAUGACAUAGCCCCAGUGCCAAUUGAGGUGCACCAUGCCACAGUUGCAAGCGAUGCCCCUGGCUCCCAUUAUGAUGAUCCUUUGGUUAAUGUGGCUUCCGAUGAUUCCAUUCCCUCUCACUUCAGCAACCUUUUGCCCAGUGUGCUGGUCACUGACUUAGACAUGUGUGAUGCCACAUCUGCUGAAAUGACUGCAGCAGCACUUUGUCACCUUAAGCGUGCCAGUGGUGAAAUAGGUGGUCACAUUCAAGUGGUCAAUCAUUACUCUGAUCCCCAUUUACUGCCUCUUUUAUAUCCCACUUUAUACCCCUAUGGCAUUGGAGGAUAUCACCCCAGUUGUGCCUCCCCCCUGAGUUUGCCCAGAAUGGCCAAACAUCUG